CUACGUCAUUCUUCUUCACCUUCUCACUGCCCCGUCUCUCAACUAAAUCAAUUUCAAGAAUUUUCUCUUCUCUGUCGAUCGAUCAAUUCCUUCGUGUCUCUACAGCCUCAUUUUCGACUACUUCAUUCACUGCUGAAAACUUGCUUGCUACGUCAUUGAAGCUUUGGAAAGAGUGGCGACGCUUCUGGAGGGAACAACUUUUAUUGGGUGUGCCAAUGCCUUCGAAACAGAAAAUUUCCAAGGCUUUUAAUGCAACGAGAUCCUUGGGAAUUCCUGAUGGUCAAAUAAAACCAAUCUUGAAGGAUCUCCUAAAAAUGUAUGAUGGAAACUGGAAACUCAUCGAAGAAGACAAUUACCGCACCCUUGUAGAUGCUUAUUUUGAGCACAAUGAAAGCGAGGGACUAGAAGGAAACAAAGGUCGUCUUGUGGAAGACAAAAAGUCUUUGAUACCACUAAAGAGAUCACGUGAUGGAGAACAAUCGAAUCGGGAUUCGUCUAUCACCGGUAGCUCAGGUCGUAAAUUAAUUGUCAGGAAGGAUAAAAUUUCUGAAGUAGAUCUUGGACAUAAAACUACAAACUCGUCUCAAGAUUCUCAACAAGGAUUAGUCAUUAGGCCCAGUGAAAUGUUGUCAUCAGUGAAACCCGUUUCGGUAGUUUUUCCAGAUAAGAAAGCAUUAACAAAUGGUAACAUGGGAUGCAAAUCACAUCAGAAGGGCUCAAGUUCUUCUCAGUGUGCGAGGUCAUUGAAUACUGCACUUUUUCGAGAUCAAUGCACCAGUAACAGUAGCAAGCGUUCAACUUCCUCUGAGCAUGUGAGACCAAUUUCUCGUGAUCAACAUAACAGAAAAAAUACAAAUAGUUCUUUGCAUCAUAUGCAUGACUUGACAAAGGGUGCAGAGAAAGUCAAAAUAUCUUGGGUCAAUGAAUUAGGAAAUGAGUCUAUCCCCAAGUUCAAUUACAUACCAAACAAUCUAAUUUUUCAGAACGCCAGUGUCAACAUUUCACUGGCUCGGAUUUCAGAGGAUGAUUGCUGUUCAAGUUGCUCAGGUGAUUGCCUGUUAUCAUCUUAUCCAUGUGCUUGUGCUCGUGAAACUGGUGGGGAAUUUGCUUACACACGAGAAGGCCUACUGAAAGAAGAAUUUCUAAAUCAAUGUAUGUCUAUGAGAUGCGAGCCUAAGAAGGAGCAUCUCUUUUAUUGUGAAGAUUGCCCAAUUGAGAGGUUAAAGAAUGGCUACAAGCCUGAUCGAUGCAAGGGUCAUUUGCUCAGGAAGUUUAUCAAAGAAUGCUGGGGCAAAUGUGGAUGUGACAUGCAGUGUGGAAAUCGAGUUGUACAACGAGGUAUUUCUUGCAAAUUGCAGGUCUACUUCACUUGUGAAGGAAAAGGAUGGGGCCUCAGAACACUAAAGAACUUGCCAAAAGGGUCUUUUGUCUGCGAGUACGUUGGUGAAGUAUUGACAAAUACAGAGUUGUAUGAUCGAAAUAUGCAAAGCACUGGUAAUGAGAGGCAUACGUAUCCUGUAACUCUUGAUGCAGACUGGGGCUCAGAGGGAGUUCUAGAGGAUGAUGAGCUACUUUGUUUGGAUGCAACAUAUUAUGGAAAUGUUGCAAGAUUUAUUAACCACAGAUGUUCCGAUGCAAAUUUGAUUGACAUUCCUGUUGAAGUCGAAACCCCUGAUCGCCACUACUAUCAUCUUGCUUUUUUUACUAGCAGGGAAGUGAAAGCUUUGGAAGAGCUAACAUGGGACUAUGCAAUUGACUUUGAUGAUAAAGAUCAUCCUGUGAAGGCCUUUAAGUGCUGUUGUGGAAGUGCAUUUUGUCGAGAUGCAAAGAAGAAACACAAGAAAGCACUUCCAUAGGUUUUGUGAACCAUCAAGGUUUUGGGUGUUUGGAACUCUAGCUUGGAGUAUGCUUUUUUUUCCACACCCAACCAAAAAGGAUAUCAAUUGCCAAUCAACCGAAUCCCAACAUUUGGUUAGUGUGUGGGCCACACGUGCCAA